AUGAAGGCCAUUGGUUUGGCUGACGGUGGUAAAAUUCCAGACAGCAGCUUCACAGCCACCUCAAUAUUUAAUGAUAGAUAUCGAGCUCAAUAUGGUCGACUGAAUAAGAAUAAGGCAAGGGCACCCAAGGAUAAUAACAAUACUGACGACUUCGUACAAAUUGACCUCCUGUAUGAGUAUAUCGUCUGUGCUGUGGCUACUCUGGGAAAUCCAACAAUGAAUACACCAGAAUGGACAACACAUUACAGGAUACAUUUAUCUCUUAAUGAUACCACUUUUGACACCUACAAAGAAAGCAAUAAUGACAAGCUACAGGUUUUUCCUGGAAAUAAAAACAAAGACAUAACCGUAAAACACGGUCUUAAUAGCUUUGCAAGUGCAAAGUACAUCCGCUUUGUGCCAACACAAUAUCAUGUCUGGAAAAUUCUUAGAGUAGAGGUCUAUGGAAUACUUUUAACUAAAGUUCCAUCACAACAUCCUGCUUCCUUCAACUUGACUGCAAGCUCCUCUACCAGCAUUACAGCUUAUUGGCAGUUACCACCAGUAUUUGCUAGACACGGAAAGAUUGAUGGAUUUAAACUCUUUUACAGAGAGAAGUGCUCUGCAGGGUCUUUUACCUUCUUGAAUAUUACCAAUGGAUCAACAUUAAGGAGACUGGUGACUGGACUUGAUAAGUACACAGAAUAUGAAUUUCAAGUGUUGGCCUACACAUCUGGUGGUGAUGGACCAAAAAGUUCUGUUGAGGUGGAAAGAACAAUGGAAAAUGACCCUGAGGCUUCUGUUACCUGGACCAAAGAUGGUCUUACCAGUAUACCUCGCGCUCAGUUGGAGAACAACGGCAAAGUACUUAUUAUAAAAGAUGUUGUUGCUGGUGACAGUGGCGUUUAUGAAUGUAAAGCAGUGAAUAUGUUUGGGGAGAGCCGUACAGCUACGAUAGUCAUUAUCGCUGUGCCACCCAAAAUUAUCGAAGAGCUUUCCCCUUCUUCAGUGAUGUGUAAAAAGCAAACUCCAUGUUUACUCUCAUGUCAAGCAACUAGUUAUAUUCCGUUGAACUUCUCGUGGACGAAAGAUGGUCAGGUUCCAAUGGGUGAUAACAUGAAGUUAUUUAGUAACAGUAUCAUUGUCACGCCACGGGAUGGACGAGAUUAUGGGGAUUAUGUGUGCCACGCUACAAACAGCUUUGGGUCAACAGAAUAUAAAAUCACCCUGCUUGCUCCUACGGAUAAUCAAAUUGAUGACGAUACACAAAGCAUCUUCUUUGCUAGUGUGAUCGCACUGUCUUGUAUUGUGGUCGUGUUGCUCAUUAUAAUUUGUGGGUUGAUAUGGCAGUACAGACGAGCUGUUCAUUAUAAAAGGAUACAAAGGAAACAAAGAGUUGACUUUGAUGGCGUCAAGUCUUCACAUGAUCAACAGUCAAGUGACGAACAUGCUUCAGAUCCAAACACAUAUAUGGAACUCAAACCCUGGCCUUCGACUCAGGAGUCUGAAGUUCCUACUGAGUAUCAGUCGUUACAGGAAAAACCUGAGAAACAGGGAUAUUACAAUGUGGUGCUUCAGAAGGAAAGUGGCGGGAAACGAAAUGAAGAAGUAUAUGAGGAAAUAUGAUAAUCCCAAAAUUGAUUUUGUAUCUGUUUAUUUCAGAUUAUCUAUUCUGUUUUUCGGCUGCUCUUCGUGUGUCACUUUUGUGUUCUCAUUGCAUUUUGACGCCAACAGACGAACGGCAACAUGGAGUCUAAUUGUUUAUUAGAAAUGGUACUUUGGUUCGUAACACACCUUUUUGUUCUUGUCCCUUUGAAAGAAGCAAUGAAAAAUUUGGCAAUUAAGUGCCAUGCGUUUGGAGUGCCUUCCUCCUUAUCAUCGUCAUGAUCACUAUUAGUAUCAUGGUGGCAGAUGGGAAGGGGUUAUCCAAAAUCAAAGUAAAGAAAUUAUAUGAUGUAAACUGAUCUCAAUAACAUCCUCGAUAAAUCCUGGCAGGGAAUGCAGUCUGUUUCUUCUG